AUGGGGCAGCAGCCAAGCAGGCGCAGCCUGCCACCUGCUGAGGAAGUUGAGGAAGCCCCCUAUGAGCUUCGCUCCAUCAGGGCGCCCAGGAUGACAGGCUGGUUCUUCAAGCUGGCAGUGGAGAUCAUGGAUUGCCCCCUGGCUGGGCCCCUGUGGGACUUCAAUUUCCGCAAGAGCGGCAUUCCUCAGGCAGUGCGCGAAUUGGACAUGCCAGAGCCGGCUACCUUCCAGCCCAUAUGGCCGCUGCCUGAGACAAUAGACAAAGAGGAGGUCUGCGUGGAAGGCAAGCCUGUGGCGGAGCGCCUGACACUGACAGCCCAGGGCAUCCCAGGUUUCAAGGCGGACAUGAAGGGGCGACUAGGAGGCAGGCUGCCAGUGCGGCGAUGGACCAUCGGUGAUUUUGCGCAGGCAUAUGCGGCGGGGACAACCACACCAUCUGAGGUAGCAGAGAGAGUGCUGCAAUUUGUGGAUGACUCGGAGCGCGCGCAGCCGCCGAUGCGCUAUCUCAUCUCCUGCGACGCCUGUGACCUGCGCAGAAACGCUGCAGAGUACAAGCACGGGAGGCCGCUGUCUCUCUUGGAUGGCGUUCCUUACGCAGUCAUCGAUGGCAUGGAUGCACUGCCAUACCCCACAACAGCAGGCACUUCAUUUGUGCGCUCCCUCUCCCAUGCCAGUCUGCACAAGCGGAGACGGGUGUCGGCCGACGCGCCGUGCAUAGCAGAACUACGAGCGGCCGGCGCGCUGCUGAUAGGCAAGGCCAACCUGCAUGAGAUCGGCGUGGGCAUGACGGGCCUGAACACAGUGCACGGCACCACUCGCAACCCCUACAACACCGCUGCCUACACCGGGGGAUCCUCCUCUGGUGCCGCCGCUGCCGUCUCAGCCGGCCUCUGCGCGUUCGCGCUCGGCAUCGACGGCGGCGGCUCUGUGCGGGUCCCAUCGGCACUGUGCGGAGUUGUGGGACUGCGGCCGACGGUGGGGCGCACAUCGACCGCUAAUUGUCCUGAGAACGCCUUCUCCAUUAUGAGCUUUGGCGCCCACACCGCCUCCAUGGCUGACGCCGCCCUCGUGCACGCUGUCAUCUCCAACGCAGGCCGGCAGGACGUGGCGGCUCCGCCGGCCCCGACGGCGGUUCCGGCGCAGCUCUUUGACGACACGCCGGCUGCGGCUGAGCUGGUGAUGCCGCUCAAGGGGCGCCGCGUGGGUGUCUACUGGCGCCUGUUCGAGGACGCGCACCCGGAGGUCGUCGCCGCCUGCCGCCACGCGCUCGGCCUGCUGGAGGAGCAUGGCUGCGAGGUGGUGCCGGUGUGCGUGCCGGAGCUGGAGCAGGUGCGCGUGGCGCAGAUCCUGACCAUCAGCAGCGAGCUGGCGCAGGCCUACAAGUGGGCCACAGCCGACCCCGCCCUCAAGCGUGCACUCAACCGCGAGACGCGCUUCAGCCUCAUGGCAGCCGCGCGAUUCUCAGCCACUGACUACCUCCAGGCGCGCAUUAUCCUUGCUUGCCCUGCCCUGUCCCUGCUGUGCACAUGCAAAUGCCGGCAUUUUAAUGCUCAGGAGAUCCGCACGCGCAUCAUGACGCACUACCGGCGCCUCUUCUUCCAGCAGGGGAUUGAUUAUGUGGCCACUCCCACCACCGGCACAACCGCCCCCCUUAUAGAGAACAUAAUUUUCCGUACCGCUCUCACAUAUGACUCUCCUGCACGUGCUUUUUUAGUGAUCGACCCCGCUGCACCGUGCCGGCCGCUGGAGGGGGCGGCAGCGGCUGCCGGCACGGCGGCUCGUGCGCCGGAGCCGGCUUGCGGCGCCAUUGAUUUUCCCUCCAUGAUCGGCUAUAUCCCGCAGGCGCUGACGGAUGGCGAGAGCGACCUGGUGCAGACUGGGGAGCUCAUGCGCUUCACCAUUUCAGCCAACAUGGCCGGCAUCCCCGCACUCUCCAUCCCCGUCGGCCAGUCCCCCUCCGGGAUGCCGAUUGGGCUGCAGCUGAUGGGUCGUCCCUGGAGCGAGGCCAGCCUUCUGUAUGCUGGCAGCGUCCUGGAGUCAGCAGUGCGGCCCCUCAUCAAGAUGCCAGCCGUCUCCUAUGACAUUCUGUCAGGCAGUUCCUCUUAAGAGUGGCCUUGUCGAGGCAGUAACACGGGCGUCAAACUGACUUGCUCAAACCAGCCCUGGGUUUGUCACAUCCAAGAACACAUAAGCACUCAACAUUGCUGCUGCUAUCAUCGUUGUGACUGUUGAAGUGGAUGCGACGUGCUGGCACUUUGGGACUCUUCCUGAGGAAAUCCUGGGGUGGUCUGAAGGCUGGGCAUAAACCAGGAAAUGACCAGGAAGUAUUGAAGCACUUUCAAUAAACUGGACGUCAGAAACUUUCAG